UGAUUCAGUCAGUCAGUCAGACCUGUGUUCACACUUCACAGGACGGGAGUCACUUUCCUUUCAAUCGUUUCUUCCCAAUUUCCGAUUUCAGAAACCUCUCUCUCUCUCUCUCUCUCUCUCUCUCUCUCUCUCCAAGUUCGGAUCUUGAACCAUCAGCUUCAGGCAAUUUCUCGUGAGAUCAGCAUUUUUAGUUUGGCAAUUUCAGCUCAGUUGGUUCCGAUGCAGCUGAACUGCUUCUUCACUCCAACCUUUACAUCAAUCGCUUGAUGUUAAUAAUGGAGGAAGGCAGUAACAGAGGGGAUUUGCUAGGCAAUAUAGCAAGGCUACCGGCAUUACGGACAAAUAGCAGCUUCAAGUCCACUUUGUCUGGAAGAUCGACUCCUAGGGGAUCUCCUUCGGCUUCUUUUAGGAGAUUGAACUCUAGCCGGACUCCUCGAAGAGAGGGAAGAAGUAGUGGGACUCAUCAGUGGUUCCGGGGUAACCGGUUACUGUUUUGGUUGUUGUUAAUCACUCUUUGGGCAUAUGCUGUAUUUUAUGUGCAGUCCCAGUGGGCUCAUGGGCUUAAAAAGGAAACUUUUCUUGGCUAUGGAAGCAAAACAAAUGAUGGAAAAUCUGAUUAUAAAGAGAAUGAUAGACGGGACUUGACUUCACAUAAAAAUUCUUCAGCAGUCAUUAGUAGAAAUGAUACAAUUGAUACAAGCAAGUCCACUUUGAAGGACAUAGAUGUGGUUUUCCCACAAAAGGGAAAUGUGGUUCCAUCUCGUCAAACUCUCAAGAGAAAGAGGAAGAGAUCGGAACGUGGUUCACGUAAUAAGAUAAGUGAUAAAAAGAAAGCAGCAGUGGAGGUUGAAGCCACUGAGAUUGGGCAGGAACCUGAUAUCCCUAAGCGCAAUACUUCGUACGGAUUAAUUGUUGGUCCAUUUGGUUUGACAGAGGAUAGGAUUUUGGAGUGGAGUCCUGAGAUGAGAUCAGGAACCUGUGACAGGAAGGGGGAGUUUGCACGACUUGUUUGGUCCAGGAAAUUUGUGUUGAUAUUCCAUGAGCUUUCAAUGACUGGAGCUCCACUUUCAAUGAUGGAGUUGGCAACAGAGCUUUUGAGCUGUGGAGCCACGGUCUCUGUUGUUGUUCUCAGCAAAAAAGGUGGAUUGAUGUCAGAGCUUGUGAGGAGAAAGAUCAAAGUGGUUGAGGACAAAGCGAGUGUUAGCUUCAAAACUGCCAUGAAGUCAGAUCUUGUCAUUGCAGGAUCAGCAGUCUGUGCAUCAUGGAUUGAGCAAUACAUGGCACAUUUCCCAGCUGGUUCAAGUCAUAUUGCUUGGUGGAUCAUGGAGAACAGACGGGAAUACUUUGAUCGGUCAAAACUUGUUCUCAACCGAGUGAAAAUGUUGAUAUUUCUAUCGGAAUCACAGUCUAUACAGUGGCUAGCCUGGUGCGCAGAAGAAAAUAUCAAGCUGAAUUCUCAGCAUUCUUGGGUUCCCCUUUCCGUCAAUGAUGAGCUGGCUUUUGUAGCAGGCAUUGCGUGUUCGCUAAAUACACCAUCGGCAGGCCCGGAAAAGAUGCUGGAGAAAAGAAAGUUGUUGAGAAAUGCAGUCAGAGAAGAGAUGGGAUUGAAAGAUAAUGAUAUGCUUGUGAUGUCUCUGAGUAGCAUAAAUGCUGGAAAAGGCCAGCUCUUGCUUCUUGAAUCAGCACAAAUGGUGGUUGAAAAAGAACUUUCUCAGGAAGCCAACAUAAAAACAGUGGUAUCCGAGAGUGAAGGAAUGCAGGAUCAGAUUCUCAAAGUUCUUAUUGGUUCGGUUGGGUCUAAGAGCAAUAAGAUACCUUAUGUCAAAACAAUGCUUAACUUUGUAUCUCAGCAUUCAAACCUAUCGAAGUCGGUGCUGUGGACUCCGGCAACUACACGCGUUGCCUCACUUUACUCUGCGGCAGAUGUGUAUGUCAUAAAUUCCCAGGGGCUUGGAGAAACAUUUGGGAGAGUGACGAUUGAAGCAAUGGCAUUUGGCUUACCGAUGUUGCACAGAUUUCAAAGAAAAGGGCAAGAGGAAGUUCAGUUUCUUUUCAAAUUUGUGGUGCAGGUCUUAGGAACAGAUGCUGGCGGCACAAAAGAUAUUGUUGAGCAUAACAAAACUGGUCUCCUCCACCCUAUGGGGCGCCCAGGAGCUCUAGUUCUUUCCGAGAAUCUUCAAUUUUUGCUUAAAAACCCUUUAGCACGGCAGGAGAUGGGGACAAGGGGAAGAGAAAAGGUGGAGAUGAUGUACCUGAAGCGGCACAUGUAUAAGAGAUUUGCAGAGGUUCUAUUCAGAUGCAUGAGAAUCACGUAACACUGACUACCAUAGAAAAUUUUCGUUCUUUUUUUGUUGGAUGGGAGUUUUUGAGGCUGCCGCAAGUAUUUAGAAUUGUGGCCCUCUGUCCCAAUCGAUUGAUUGAAUGCCGAUCGAGUUAUAUUUUACGGUUUUUACCUCCUGAAGUUGGUUUGGUUUGUGUUUAAUCUGUACUUCUUUCCUCUGAAUUAGAAGCUUAGAACCAAAAACAAUUCACGGUCA